AAGCCCUAAGGAGGAGCGUGAUGAUUUGUUUUUAUUGCUUCUUAAAAACAAACGUGACAAAAUCAACAUGUCAAUACACGAUUUUAUAAUGCUGUAUUGCAAAUCGAAAGUAGACACUUAACUUGUGAUAGAACAGAGUGCGUUUUAAACUCGGAAAUUUGUAUGUUGGUUAUCUUAUUUGUUAUUUUAUAACUUUUCAAUGGCAAAGAGCAGCAAUUGAUGGCAUUAGCCGAAGUAACAUGUCAGAAAAAUUCAAUACACUGUCAAAGACGUAUUUUAUAGCGUUAUUUAACUUAUUUUUCUUGACACUUUCAAAUACGUCGGCAAUCACAACAGAAGUGUUACCGACACCGCAACUAACGCGUUCAGAAAUGACAAAAACAACGUCAACUAAUACGACAAAAACAACGAUUUUAUUAGGGAUGGCGACAAAUUUAACGAUGUCUACAGUGGUCGCUACAGAUGUUGCGGUGUCAAAUGUAGCAACCACGUUGCCGGUACCUUAUUCAAUUUUUAUAACAGACAUUAAACGCACAAGCACAAAAGAGAGACGAACACCAUUAACAUAUCAAAUGAACUCAUAUUCCAAACUGUUGACACAGUCCGCGCUAUUCACACAGUUCACACAUCGCGCGCUGUACACGCAGCUUACACAGUUUGCACAGUUCACACAGACCACGCAGUACCCAUAUUUCACGCAGUUAGCACAAACUACGCAGCUUACACAGACUACACAGUUCACACAGACCACGCAGUUACCGCAAACCACACAGACAGUAAGAACCAGCACUAUAAAACCUACAGAGUGUCCAUCGUACGACUGCUCUUCGUGUGAACACGGCUACGUAAACUUUACGAGCAAAUGUCCUUCUUGUAAAUGUAAAGAUGAUCCUGACUUUGAAUCGAAACGAGCAAGUUUGAUAGUUGUUGCUGGUAUAUUACCAGGACUUCUUCUCCUGUUCUGUAUUUGUUUGACUGUCCCCAAAGUAUGCGCAGCCAAUCAGAGGCGAAAACAAAGAAAAGAAUUACAAACGCCGGAAGGACACAAGUUUUCACGCAAUUUGGUUUUACAAAAUAUGAAUACAGUUGACGAAGCAGGUGGCACGUGAUUCGCAACCUGCUGCCCAACCCUCUAAUCAAAGCUAGAUACAAUACAAAGUUGCACACACACACGUACACACACAUUUGUAAAUAGGUUACAAAAUAGUUAUGGACAAAACUGGAUGAUAUAAACAGUGGAAUAUAAUAGGUGGAAAACCAGAACCAUAAGCGACUCUUUCAUAUAAUAAACUUCCGCCUUUUUGAUUGCAUAUGUAGCGCCCACUAGAGGGCGGGAAAUAUUUGAAUAUAGGAUAGGUUGGUAUAUAGUAAUACAAAGUACAAGUUGUAUAUUUUUGAAGCAUUGUUAGCACAAAGCCGCAAUUUAUUAGCCAUUUUGAUCAGAUAAAAUACGUUUGACAA